AUGUUCGAUUUGAACGGUGAUGGAGACGUGGACUGCGAGGAGUUUGAGAAGGUGGCAGCGCUCAUACGCCAGCAGAGCAGCAUUGGUUCGAGGCAUAGAGAUCAUGCCAAUACGGGGAAUACUUUUAAGGGCAUUAACUCGGCCCUAACGACAUAUUUCUUUGGACCGAAGCUCAAUGAGAAAUUGACUAUUGAGAAGUUUUUGGAUUUCCAACAUCAACUUCAGAAAGAGAUUCUGUCGCUCGAGUUUCAGAGGAAACAGCCAGAUGACAAUGGUCGCAUAACGGAAGCAGACUUUGCCGAGCUUCUAUUGGCUUACGCCGGUUACCCUGCUAAGAAGAAGGCAAGGAUGUUGAAACGCGUUAAGAAAACGUUCCGCGAUCACGGCGUCGGUAUAACAAAGGACGACUACCUGAAAUUCUUCCACCUCCUCAACAAUAUCAACGAUGUGGAUACGGCGCUUACGUUCUAUCAUAUCGCGGGUGCAUCUAUAGACCAACCGACCUUGAGACAUGUGGCUAAAACUGUCGCACAUGUAGACCUGGAUCCGCAUGUCAUUAAUGUUGUCUUCACUAUUUUUGAUGAAAAUAUGGACGGACAGCUAAGUAACCGAGAGUUCGUAGCUGUGAUGAAGAACAGGCUGCUCCGGGGCUUGGAGAAACCGAAGGACACCGGUUUUAUACACGACAAGAGACCGCUACCUCCCUCUGAAUUCACGAUGCCGAUGUACCAGCGUCCACCAUUCUGGCGCGUGCCCCACCAGCGCCCCGACCCGGACGAAGCGCGGAACUUUGCCCGGAAGAAAGUAACACCGGGCACUCCAGCUGGCCGGGAUCUCACGAGAGGUGAUAUUAUUGCGAAAAUAGAUGAUUACGAUGCACGCGACCUACGACACGAAGAUGCACAGAACCUCUUCAAGAAUGCCAAAAAUCAAAUCAAACUUGUCGUUCAAAGGAGCACUACGAGUCCACAUUACUACAGCAUGCCACGGUCACCUAGCUACCUGGGCCGUGUGCCUACUCCGAGCUUCUAUCCUUAUUUGUACCAAGAUUCGGAGCGAGAAGGGCCAAGAGGCGCGCCUGUAUCACAACGUUCUCCUAUACAAAAUUCUGUCCCACCACCAUUUAGGACACCCAGCCCAAAGCCAGGAAACGCGUGGAGGGGGCCAGAAUCUCUUCCCCGCAGCACACCAAUACUUCAGCCACAGUACUCCGUACAGAAUGAGGGAGAGUUCAGAACACUAAUGCUUUCACCCGACUCCUCUCGCAGCGAUGACGUAGUGGAUGAAUCGAUAACAAGUCAGCCUCCUUUGAGAACGUCGUGCCAAAUGAAGAAUAAUCGUUCUAAAUCGUAA